AUGUCUUACUCCAUCUACAUUAUAGCAACGCGCGUGUCUUGGAAGGUGUUAGGCGGCAAGGAUUCCAAUCGGUCACGCAGGCCAAACUUGCCACUGCCGACAUGGACGGCCUUUUUGGUGAGCAAUCUAAUGGUCGGCGGCCAUCAAACUUAUGCUGGCAUCAAGAACAUGCUGACGUUGCUAUUCUCCCACCUCAGAAGCAUCGAACUGAUCAUCAUUGUCGUUCCUCAAUCGACCAGGAAGGCUUCCGAGCGGAACAAGGAAGAGGCGCGAAAGUGCCACCAGGAGCGCGAGCUCUCUCUGGACCGUCUGUCCAAGAAGACAGUCUUGUAG